AUGGGCCGACCUCGGAAAUCAGGAACAGCAAGGAAGGCAAGGGUAGAGCAAAGAGAAGCCUCUAUUGGGGAUGAUGACAGGCCACAAACAGAGAAUCAAAAUGCUCCGACACAGCCGGCCGAUCAAGAUAAUGCACAUUCAGCAGAUGAUGUGCAGCAGAUAUCAAGCUCCAAAGGACGGAACGGAUCAACAUCUACGACUCCAUCUCCAACGGCCUACUCAUCUGAAACCACAAUACCCACAGUGGAUAGCGACCCGGUCUCAACAUCUGAGUAUUCAUUCAACAUAUCGACUACUGCUAUGUACGACAGCAUGUUUGCCAUGGAUCAAUUAUCAAAUGUUGGGUUAUCGAGCUCAUACGGGACACUCGACAGCUUGGAUAGCCCGCUCAACGACAUAUAUGGUAGUGGGCUUGCAGCACAAGAAAUCGAUCUACACGACCUACAAGAUCAACAGCCUUUAGCCGAAGCUUGCAGUGAUCUUGGCGAUCGAUCAUCCAUGUGGACGAACAACAAACCGCAGGAUGCUUUCAGCAUCUUGAAUGAUUCACCGGAUCUUAAUCAUCCCUCGAAUACAGAAGCAUUUUCUGUUCGCCCAACAACAGAUAUAACGCUCUUCAGAGACCAUCGAGCUCCUAUCCUAGACCCCGCGACUCCAGAGUUAUUCCGCCAACUCCCGCUAUCACCAGUAAACCAAAUAGGCUUUCAAGCUCUUGAGCCGAUCAGACCAGAUUUUUCAGGCUGUGAAUGUUACAAACUGAUACUACGUUUGCUCCUCCAACUAGAUGAUGCUAUUCAUCACACGAACGCAAUGAAACUUGACACAGCCCUCCAAAUGAACAAGGACAUUUUUGCCCAUAGUAAGAAGAUGUUGGAUUGCUCUUCUUGUACCGGAACACAGCCAAGUCAACAUCUUCUUCAAGUGUUGCUUGUCGACCGCGGCAUCGGGGUACUGGAAUCAAAACUUAAGAAUAAAUCACCUAGUAUUCCCGCACGGCGGCUCUCUCCGCUGCAUCAAUUGACAAACAAGUUCUCUGAUAAGAGAGCUUCUAUACUAUUCCCAUUUGAUGAACUUUCCAAUGUCGGGAAAAAAGAUAUCCUAGAGUCGGCGGAAGACUGUUCUUUGCUCGUUGGUGGUUAUGAAAUUUCACUGGAGAAAAACAUUUUCAUCAAAAAGCUGCUUCAGAAGCGACUGGAAAAUUGGGCAAGUGUACUGGAGGAUCUGCAAAAGAUGACGCUCGGAACGAUUGUGAACUCUAGAUCUCAGGUAGUUCGAGUGAUGUUAGCUGAGACCAGUCUAAAGUUGAGAAGGUUGGUUGGAAGAGUGGAAUUAUGGAACGUAUAG